AGUGCAUUGCGUGUUUAUAGGUGAAAGUGCCCGCUCGAUCAAAAUAUGCAAACCUAAUGCUGGACAUGGCCCCGCCACAUAUCCAUAUGCUGCUAAACCAGCUGCCCCAGUACUUUGAUCCAAGUUUAACAAUAAACCGUAUUGAUUCAAUAUGUGCUGGUGAAGAGCAAGCUGAGUUUCAAAAUCAGGAGAAUGAACCCGAUUCAAACAGUGAUUCCGAGCAAGAAGCUACGACAAAUCAGCUGUCAGCUACAGCUGUUUUGGAUCUCCGCGAUUGCCCUGCCAUACAAAAGGCCACCAAGGAUUCAAAUGUAUUUGAAUUACUCAACGAUAUUUGCAUGGAAGCAAGGAAAAUGCGUCAAAGAGCCGGAGUUUUCGAUCAGUAUGAUAAUUGGCAAUAUCUAUCGAAAAAGAUUAAUGUUGAACAACUAUUGGCGUUCCUUUAUGGUUUGGUGUGUUUGGCAGAAUAUGACCCAACAGACGCAAGUAGUAGACGGUUGGCCUGUGCUUCAGUAAAAACCUACCUUCUGCUAUUAGAUACCCCUGGACAAAAGCAGACAGUUGCUUUUAACGAACAGGUCUUGCUGAAAAGCUUAGAUAUAUUCAAGCUACCAGAGCUGUUGUUAGAUCCCAUAUUUGAGGAAUAUCUAAGAAACGAAUCAACUGAUUUCGUUACACGCUUACUCUUGGAUUUAGUGCAAAUAAUGAAUGAUAUUCAACUGUUGCUGAAAUGUAUGACCCUCAAAAGUUGUGCAAACAUUAAGCUGCAUUUGAUCAACUGUUUGAAAUCAGCUUUAGAUUAUGCAAUUAAACACACAAAGAAUCGACACGUUGCAGAAAACGUUGCUGAGAAAGUGUUUGAAACAUUUGAAUCAAUUUGUUUGCCAGAGCAUGAUGAUCAUAACGAAUCUGCACGAACCAUACAGCUCCUCUUAAACCGAUCAGCCGUUUUUUAUCAAUUAGAAUACAAAAACUAUCCAGCAUGUUUCCAGAUUUAUAAUUUUUUUCUGAAAAUGUUACACCAGUAUCCGAAAGAUACACCUACUGUGCUCACAGUUUUUAUUAAAUCGGUUCUUACUAACCCACCGAAAGUGUUUUGUAGACCGGACGACUACGCUUAUCUUAGUGACAUUGCCAUUAAAUACGAAGCGGCUAUGUACAGCAGAUGCAAUGUAUCAAUUAUUGAUUAUCUGAUCAAAAUUGAAGGGCAUGCUGAAACCUCUACAAGAAUUAAUAUAGUAGAAUUUCUUGGCAAGCUUGCCACAAUCGAUUGUACGGUUGAUUGGGAACUUUUCAAAGCCGACAUCUCCGAGGUACCGCGGGAAAUACAGAUGUUUCAACUAUUAUAUAAUAAAUUGAUCGAAAAAAAUGCUACCGUCAAAGUGAAAGCCUUUCAAUGUUUGCUGAAAAUUUUCAAAAAUGGAAAUAAGAUAAUGAAAAAAAUUCUGCAUGACUCUUUCUUUUGUGCCGCCGCCGAAGAAGAUGAGAAAAGCUAUCUUCAAAUGAACGAUAUGGAAGAGCUUUACGCAACCGCUGAAUUAGAGCUGGGAAUAUCACGAAAUGCUCUGAAUUUUAAUUUGAGUGCUGUCAAUUCUGGAAAACAAGCUGAGGAAUCGAGGGUAGGUGGUUCUGUACCCACUGCGAAGAUAGUGUCCGAAAUUAAAGGAAUCGAAACAAUUGAAGAUAAACUUGCCUCAUUGAUCGAUGUAGUCUACGAAGCAACCGCUUCACAUACAUCGUCCAUCCGGCGAGUAGCCUUUUCCUGUUUGGAGUGUAUUCUGGAACUUAAUCGAAAUCGAAUUGAUGACCCGGUGUUUGAAUACAUCGUGUUGAAGCUCGCAAAAGAUCCUGUUAUGUUGAUGCGUCGAACCACACUGAAUGUGCUAAAUCAACUACUCGGUCGUUACCCGAGCUAUCUUCCAUUGAUUCGCAUUUGGUCCAAAUGUUUGCUGCUGUUUCUGGAUGACAGUGAUCAGAAGCUAAAAGAAUCGGCACUGGAGAGUCUCAAAUGCAACGUCUUCGACAAUAUCUGUCGCUUCGAGGAUUCAUCUUCGAGCAAGAUUUUCACACCGUGGAUGAUUGUGCGCUCGAUACUGGUGCUGGGUAAGAUUAACGUUCUCAAAACGGCCGUCGAUUCGUGGAUUCAAAAAUCCAUCCUAACACAAAAGAAUCUUAUGCUGAUAGAGUCACAUAUUUUCACUGUCAACUGCAGUGAGGCUUGGAUCAUUCUAUCUAUAAUUGCGAACAAGAUGAAAUCCAGGAAUCCGGAUGUCGUCAUCAAAACUAUGAAUGAGAUUUUGCAGGUUGAUAUGUACAACUCUCCCGUAUGCCUUCAGUAUAUCCUGUGUGUUAUCAAGGCUUGGUUAGACGACUUUACUCACGCUGGAUUGAAUCAUCUGUUCAGAAUACUGAGCGAUCUUCUGCGAACCGGAAGUACCACAAUUUCGCUGGUCAGCGAUGUAUACAGUCUUUGUUGUGCCAUUAAGGAAAAAUCUGACGGUUCUGUAGACGAAAAUUGGAUUCGGGGUAUCCGUGACAACACCACUGAGUAUCUGCUGCACUACCAUUCGCACUACACCAGUUUUCACAUGUCAAACGAACGUUAUUUGAUCAGUUUGUUGGUUUACGCCGAAACCAGCACAGAUCUGAACGACAGACCGAACCAGAAGAUCGUAUCAAUUCUCCUUCAAUAUUUAGCUAGGGUAGCAUUGGAUGAGAAACUAUUUACUCAACAAACCGAUCAAAAUCGUAAAAUUUGUGUCACAAUAGUGGUUUUGUCUCGGUUCGGUCUUCGCGAUGGAUCCUUGGCUUCGACUGUAAUUGCUGAUUUUAAUAAGAUUUUAAAAUUUAAAAAUAUACAUGAGAGUAUAAUAUGUACAUUGAUAACGGCAUUCUCGGAUUUAUGUAAAAGGCACACUUCCUUGGUGGAUUCAUCCAUAAAAACCGUAAUUCUACAGCUUAGUUCAAAUUAUAUUACGGUCCGAAGCGUAGCUCUAAACAAUCUGAAUGAACUUAUUCUCCAGGACUAUGUUAAAAUGCGUGGUCGAGUGUUACUGAACAUUCUCAAGUUGAUUAUAGAUGAGAACAGCCAAAUAGCUGCUCAGGCACUCUACGUAAUCCAACUCUAUGUUCAUUCGAAAAACGAGAAACUGCUGAAAGUAUCGUUUCUAGAGUGUGUCUAUGUGUUCAACAACUACCUGCAGCAUGCCGUUAGUGAUAUGUUUCCCGCGUCAGAGAUCGAUAAUGAACCAUGCGAUCUAGCCGGAAAUGAUCCGGAAAAAGUUGCAAAGCGUAAUUUAAUAUAUGAUUUCUUUGUUGAUAACGUUGAUGACAUGAGUUUGCUAAAGUUAUUAAGAAAUGUCAACAAGAUUAACACACAACUAUCUCAGCGAAAGUACAAAGAGUGCCCGGCCGGAGCAGAUACGCUGGUAGAUUUGCUGUACAUUUUCACCAAAAUGGUACAAGUGAAAGAUCGUGAUAAAACAAGUCUAGCAAAAACGGCGGCAAUCAAUGCAAGUGAAGAAGAAAUUGCUGGCCCCUCUGACCCCGUUGAAAACGGACCUUCGCCAGCCAAAAAAUCUCGUGUAAAAAUGGCAUUGCAGCAAAAUGAACAGGAGACGAUAACCGUAGUCGAGAAGAUGAUAGCUAUAUAUUGCAAUUUUGAGGACCUAGUUCGAAAGUACGUCGCCAAAGUUGACGCUUCCAUGUCACAGCUAGCCAAUCAACGGCUACAGGAUUUUAGAAUGGCUAUCGCAAAGCAAUUCCGUAGUUUAGUAGAAUUUGCCAAACCAAUAGAGUACUGGCGGAGACUGUUGAAAGAUUUGGAUGCUGACAAGGAAAAGCAUGCUCUGCGGAAACGCAAACAUAGAAGUAGAGGAAAAUCCAUUAGUAGCAGUAGUGUGUUCAGUAAUGACGACGAUGACCGUGCCGAAGAGAGUGAUUUUGAUGAAAUGAAUGUAUCAUAGGUUAAAAUUUGAUAAUAGAUUUUCUUUUGCUUUGAGAAUUUCCACAAGAAUAGCAUGCUAGUUUGAAAUAAGGAAACUAAGUGGUAAGUAGCGCAUACGCUAAGUUUUAUUUCAUUCAGUAUAAAUUUGCUACAGAUAUUAUUUACCACAUAUCUCUGUGGAUGGAAAUGUCAAUUUGUUUCAGUGGUUAGUCCGUAAUUUGAUUAAAAAAUCUUAUUUUUAAUAGAUAGUAUGCCGGCAAAAAUAAACUUGUACGAAGUUCAUGGCAUUUAUCUUAACUUAUCGUUUAAUAGCGUAGAGCAAUGUGAACGAUCUCAUUCCUCAAUAUAUCCUGGAUUCAA